AUGUGUAGACUCUACAAGACUGACCUUGAUGUUAUCAUUUCUAAAAUUCAUGUGGGAAGCACUGAAGAUGAGGUUUUUCAAUCUCUCAAGCAAGAUGAUGUAUGUAAUAAUAUGCAGCUUUCUCAUCAUGUUGUUGAUAAGUUGCUUCAACGGUUCAAGCAUGAUUGGAAAUAUGCAUUAGGUGUUUUUAGAUGGGCGGAGUCUUUCCUGGGAUAUGAACAUACACGAGAGGUUUAUGAUAUGAUGGUAGACAUAUUGGGGACAGCAAAACGAAUGGAUCAGACGAGAGUUUUAUUGUUGGAAAUGAAUGAGGGUCAUUAUAUCACAAAUAAUACAAUUGCCAAAGUUAUGAGUAGGUUCGUCGGUGCAGGGCAAUGGGAGAAUGCUGUGAAGACAUUUGAUCAGUUAGGAACUUUUGGCUUAGUGCAAGUUGAGCAGGCCCGUGCAAUUUUCUUGGAGCUCAAAUCACACAUUUCACCAGAUGUUCAUACAUUCAAUAUUUUCAUCAAUGUUUGGUGCAAAGUCAAUUGUGUUGAAGAGGCUCAUUGGACUAUUCAAGAAAUGAAGGGACAUGGUUGUCGCCCAUGUGUCAUUAGCUACUCAACCAUCAUUCAGUCUUAUUGUUGCCAAUACAAUGUCAACAAGUUCCAUGAACUGCUUGAUGAAAUGCUGGCUCAAGGCUGUCCUCCAAAUGUUGUAACUUACACCACUAUCAUGUGUUCACUGGGAAAGUCAGGGGAAUACGAAGAAGCUAUACAAAUUGCUGAUAGAAUGAAAUGCACAGAUUUUUCUACCCAGAUUUCAUUGGUACCAAAUGCUCUUAAUGGUAUUGUUUAUUUUGGAGUUACUGUAUCAAGUGAUCUUAGUCCAUUGGAUCCAAUAAUGAGUCCAUUGAAUAUGACAUUCCGGGAUCCAGUCAUGCCAUUUAAGGUUCUCCCAUUGCGAAUUUGA